AUGUCUGAAAAUGGAGAAGAUGUUGAAGAAAUAAAUCUAGAUGAAGAUGAAGACGUAUAUGUACCAAACGAUACCACGUUAAAUGCCAAUGCAACAAUACUCCAAAAUAUUGUAAAUAACUAUAAUUUAAUUGUAUAUUCUAAGCCAGCUCAAUUAGUAGGGUGCUUUGUUAGAUUAUCAAUUCCAAAAUCGUUUCUACCCCUUUCAAUACAAACAGUUUUAGGUUUCUUUUCUUCAGAGAACAUUUUAGAUAUAGAUUUCGAGCUGGAUGGCUUUAAUUGGAAAAAGAAACCCAUAUCUUUAGAUGUAUCACAUCCUAUAUACAAAAAGCAAUAUAUUGGUCGAGUUUACAUAGAAUCCGUAAUUAAUAAAUUUUUCUCAGAAAAUUACAAGCCAAAGCAAUACUAUAAGUCUGCAGUGCUAAUUCUUUCAUCUCCUGGUACUUCUGAUAGCACAUUAGUUAAUAAAUUAAGUAAUGAGGGUUAUGAUCUAAUUGCUGUUGAAAAUGUAUUAAAAUACUUCAAUAAUAACUAUGAAAAUGCUCAGAAGUUCUUGAUGACAGGAGAAUGCAAUGAAAAUCAUCAACAUAUUGCCUUUGAAUACAAUGAUUGUCCACUUUUAUAUUUAACUCUUGAAAUUUGUGAAGCAUUCUUAGGAAUUUACAAUCACUGCAUCAUUUGCGGCGAUGAAAUCGAUAUGCCAGGCAUAAAACCAACAACUUGCAAAAAACAACUUUGUAAUUUCACAUUUCAAGAGCUUGGAGUCGGAAAUUCGCUAUAUUCUGAAAUACAAAGAGAUCAGAAUGUUGCUGAUUUGCUUCUUACGUUGUUUGCAUGCGCAUUAGAUGAUAAAUAUUAUUUACCAUGUCCAACUGAGUUCGAAUUGACAAAAAUGAAAGAGAUAUUCCAAGAAUUACCUUCUCUUAAGACAAUUAUGGAGAAUUGCCAAAACGAUAAUGACAUUCAAAAAUUUAUUGGUGAUGAACCCUUUAAUUUAGUCAAAUGGAUCAUUCUUUCAAAUAGAGCGCAGAUAUAUUGUCUUCCUAACACCCUCAAACCAUCUAUUUUUAACAAAGACUGCAUCAUGUUCAUGACUUUUCUUUCAUCACCACAAAAAGAUGAAAAUUUCAACAAAUUGAAGAGUUCUUAUGGAUCUACAUUCCUAUUCCAUGGUUCUCACCUUACUAGAUGGCAUUCAAUUCUUAGAAAUGGUUUGGUCAACGCAACUGGCACAAAUAUGGAAGUAAACGGUUCAAAGUUCGGUCCUGGCAUUUAUUUCUCACGAGAAUCGGAUGUUUCCCUUCCUUAUGCAAGAAAUUGCGAAAAUAAAUAUAUUAAUUCCGCUCUCGGACGAGUAAUUAGCUUAAUGAGCCUUUGUGAAGUUGCUAAAACACCAGACCUUAAAGAUCAAGGCCGAGUACAUACUUUACAGGAUGCAAAUGCUGUUAUUGUGAGAUUUAUCCUCGUGAAUGUAAAAGGAUCGUAUGAUGUAAUAGCGACACCGCCAAUAGAUAUACCAACCAUAAAGGAUGUCUUGGAAUUGCAAAAAUCUUCAAAUUGA